AUGCGCUGUCGCAUUACGCGGGCCCGACUAGUUGCGGCGUGGACCUGGAACGCGAACGACGACUUGUGUGGCAUAUGCCGUCUUCCUUUCGACGGGACCUGUAACGCAUGCAAGACGCCAGGAGACGACUGUCCUUUGGCACUGGGUGAAUGCAGGCACGCUUUCCACCUGCAUUGUAUUCUCAAGUGGCUUUCCUCGGAGACGUCGCGGAACCAUUGCCCUCUAUGUCGACAGGAGUGGCAGUUUCAGCAACGGUAA